AUGAAAGCAAAACAAACCCCGCACUGGGUCACACAGCAGACAAAACCCAUCCCACCACCGACAAACACCGGUAAAAUAUGCCCCCCUCCAGAGGGGAAGACACCAACCGACCAUACUCAUCCAACCAAAAAACAACUAACAUACACUGAAACUAUUAAACUCAACACGGAUACCAAAAAUCCAGAGGUCAACCCCAUAGAGGGGACUGAGAACCUGACACUUAUUUACCCCCCUCCACCACCUCAACACACCUCCCUCCCCACACGAACAGAUGACAAACCAUAA